GGAUGCGGAUGUUAUUGGGACACCGUUCUAUAUCAUGGAGUUUCUGGACGGGCGCAUGUUUACCGACCCUGCGAUGCCGGAAGUAGGUGCAGAGGAGCGGACUGCACUAUGGCAAGAUGCAGUCCGGACAUUAGCCAAGUUCCACCGAGUCGACCCCAAAGCAGUCGGGCUGGAACGAUUCGGAAAGCCAUCUGGGUUCUAUGACCGUCAGAUUGCUACCUUCUCUGCCGUUUCCCGCGCGCAAUCUCAGGCAAUAGAUGUGGACACCAAGGAGCCUGUUGGAGAGCUACCGCACUUCGCAGACAUUGUGGACUUCUUCUCCAACAAGUCCACCCAGCCGCGCGAUCGAGGGACCUUGGUCCACGGCGACUACAAAAUCGAUAACUUGAUUUUCCACAAAACUGAGCCGAGAGUCAUUGGUAUCCUAGACUGGGAGAUGGCGACUGUGGGACACCCCUUGUCGGACUUUUGCAACCUGACAAGCCCCUAUUAUAUGGAUGGCACGGAUCAUACGACUGAGACGUUCAAGCCCGGGGUAAUCCCUGGUCUGCCCGCCCGCGAAGAGUGUGUGCGGUGGUAUGGCGAAUUGGCUGGCUGGGAUCCGACACAUGACAUUCUUUGGGGAGACUCCUUCUUUAACUGGAGAAGCUCCGUGAUCAUGCAGGGGAUCGCCGCGCGGUAUGCCUUGAGACAGGCCAGUAGCGCCCGAGCUCAAGAGUAUGCCAAAAAGACCAAGCCUUUUGCCCUGGAUGCAUGGGAGCGAGUGAAACGGGCGCAAGAACAGUCGCGGCAAAAAGGGAAGCUGUAGUUGACUGCAACCAAUCGAAUGCUUUGUAC